AAAAAGGUUACGAUGCAGGGGGCCUGGCGUACCUCGAGGACCCGCUCAACGGGAGCUACUCGGGGGGAUGGCCGACGGCGUACCGGCUGCUCGGCACUCUGAUAAACGAGACUCUGGCCAUGAACGGCAGCAGGGAUUUCUCAACCCACGAGAACUACAGCUCGGGGUGGGAUGAUACCGAGGAGGAGAUGUACUCGAACAAGUUCCGGCUGCCCCUGUGGAGGCAGCUCUUCUGGACGUUUCUCUUCGCGAUAAUGAUAAUCGUGUCCACGGGGGGCAACCUCAUAGUCAUUUGGAUCGUGUUGACCCACAAGCGCAUGAGAACAGUGACUAAUUACUUUUUGGUCAACCUCAGCGUCGCCGAUACCAUGGUCUCGACCCUCAACGUCAUAUUCAACUACGUUUACAUGCUCAACAGCCACUGGCCCUUCGGCAACGUCUACUGCAAGGUCAGCCAGUACAUCGCGGUCAUAUCUAUAUCGGCGAGUGUCUUCACCCUCAUGGCUAUAUCGAUCGACAGGUACGUGGCGAUCGUGAACCCGCUGAAGCCGCGAAUGGGCAAGCGCAUGACCCUGUGCGUGGUGAUAGCCAUUUGGGUGGUGAGCGCACUGAUCUCGCUGCCCAUGUUGUUUUUUUACGAGACCGCCACCCAGAACUUCACCAACGGUGAGAUUCGGAUCGUCUGUUACCAAGCCUGGCCCGAUCAGAAUCCCGAGGACGGGCACAGCGUCGAGGAGUACUGGUACAACGUGGUAUUUAUGAUUCUCACGUAUUUCAUGCCGAUAACGGCCAUGUCGUGGACGUACUUUCGGAUAGCCCGUGAGCUGUGGGGCUCGCAAAGUAUCGGCGAAGCGACGCAGCGACAGCAAGAGAACAUACGCAACAAAAGACGGGUGGUCAAAAUGAUGAUAGUCGUCGUGCUGAUAUUCACCGUCUGUUGGCUGCCCUUUCACGCGUACUUUAUCGUCACCUCGAUUUUGCCCGAAGUCACGGACAAAGCAUACAUACAGGAGGUUUACCUCGGCAUUUACUGGCUGGCCAUGUCCAACAGCAUGUACAACCCCAUCAUCUACUGCUGGAUGAAUUCCAGGUUUCGCCAGGGCUUCGCCCAGUUCUUCUCGUGGCUGCCGUGGGUGCGGGUGAGGCAAAUACCCGCGCUGUCGCGCUCGGAAGCCGUCAACUCGCGCUACAGCUACGCCGGCAGUCCCGAGAUUCGUGGUCGACUAUCCCGCAAUGGCACGAUCCUGCGUCAGAUGCACAUGCAGCCGACCUUCGCGGAGACAACGACGACCUUGGCGCCGUCCCGGCGGGACAGUUGCGAGCAGAGCCACGUGGAGAACGGCUCGCGCCGGCUGCCGGGCCCGGCCCACCGGCACAGGCUGCCCUACACGGCGACGCGCUUCCAAAAACUCGGCGCCCAACCGGACGACUUUGGCCCGGUCUCCUGACCCAAGCCCCCGACCCACCAACGCCGGGAGCUCAACGGCUCGUCCGACAAAAACGAGCCCGACACCGAGAAGAAGCGCGUACGCAUCGACAACACCUGGCUAUGAAUUGUACGUAUACUUAUAUAUUGUGAUUGUUGUACCGCCCCCCCGUGGGCUCAAGGAACAUCGCGUACCUAUAUAUGUAUAUUUUUCUCAUGUCGCUCGCAACCGUCGGACACCCCUUUGCCACUGAUGAGACUUUUACUGUGUACAUACUUUUUCAAAGGAUAUACAUAUACACAAUUCGACACACGUGCACAAUUGACAAGUGCACGGGUUUGGGUGUGUACGUAGGGCGCUUAUCCAAUUUAUCGAGCUCUGUAGAGUACAAUAUACAGAGUUGUGAUCUUUCGACGUGUAAAUAUUGUAUACAGUUUGGAGUUGUGUAAAUAUGUGUAUGGCAUCGGACGAAUAUUCGUGGGAUGGUGUGGUUUAAUCGACUGGUCCGUAGUUGCAAAGGAUAGUUGGGGUUCAAACGUUACAAAGCGAUAAUCAAAAUAUAAUUGCAGUAUAUACAUACCGCACGAUGCACGUGACAAAAUAUAUGUUACAAAAAGGAUGUAAGUACUUAUAAUUAUACUUGUCCGUAGUUUUUACGAAAUCGUGUGUAUACGAAUUUCUCGUUUUGGUUGACAUUGGUAACCGGGUUACAUUAUUUACGUCAAAGGUGUGUUUUUUGCUCUCGUACGUGAUCGGACUGCUGUUGGUAAACAGAGAGAUAAAAAUGUUUGGUUACCGAUUAAAAUACAUAUGUAAAAUUGUUAUGUUUUUAAAUUUUACGGUCAAUUUUAAGUAGAAAGCGUGUGGUAAUUGUAUGUUUAUUGACGAAACUUUUUGUUUUUUCUCUCAAUAGACACCUUUUUUUUUUAUAAGAAAUAGCCAACAACCCUAAAGUGCAAAUAAUAUAAGUUUCAUUGAUUAUUGUAAAUUUUUGUAGAGUAAAUAUUGGCUAUUGAACCAACAAAACUCAAAAUUUUUUCGUAAGUAUUUUUUUUUUGAGCUUCAACAAUUUCCAUUUCAUCGUUUCAUUGAGAAGCAAAGAAGUGCUUGCGGCCGCAAUCUAGUCUGUGAAUUUUUGCGGGUCAGUGAUUCUUUCCGUUAACGAAUGUGUAGGUAUAUACGUAUGUAUAAAUAUGUGCAUUAGAUACAUAUACACAAAUUAGUGAAUGUUUUUCCAACUAAGUAUAUGUUACGCAAACAUUGUAAAAUAUACGAAUCCACGUACGAGAGUCAUCGGGGAAACCAUAUGCCUUCUCAUACGUGUGUAUCAUUUUUCGUGAGAUUUUUAUUGUUAAGAAUUUUUUAUACAAAUCAAACUGUUUAGUUGUAUGUUAUAAAUACUUCUGAGCUUACUAUCAUUUGUAUACUAUUAUUUUUUAAGUAUGUAAUGUACAUCUUGUAGAUUUCUUACUGGCUUAUGAAAUAAAUAUAUUUUAUAAUAACGAUAAAUGGAAUUUUCACUCACCAAAUAUUACAUUACGAAGUAUUGAAUGAUUAAAAAAA